AUGGGCAAACUAUCAUUCAAAGAUGUUCUUCCUCUCACCGGUUCAUCUCAUACAAUUCCUCAUAUUGGCUUCGGGGUCUACCUUUCAGAUGAAUCGACAUGCAAGGCUUCUUGCCUAACUGCUCUCAAACUUGGGUACCGUCACAUUGACACAGCUCAAUACUACGAAAACGAAGCUCAAGUAGGCGAGGCAGUUCGCGAGAGUGGACUGCCACGUGAGAGCGUCUAUGUUACUACGAAAGUUAUGCAACCCGUUGGAAGCGUUGAGAAAUCGCUGCAGGCAUUGAGGGAGAGUGUGGGGAGAAUUGGGCUCGGGUAUGUGGAUCUAUUCUUGAUCCACUCUCCUUCCAGUGGAAAGGAAGGAAGAAAGGAGCUUUGGACCGCGUUGGAGGAGUUGAAAAAAGAGGGAGGAACUAAGGAUAUCGGUGUGAGUAACUUUGGAGUGAAGCACCUGGAGCAGCUUAAAGAGUUCUCCUCGACUACCCCAGUAGUGAAUCAGAUUGAGCUGCACCCUUGGUGUCAACAACGUGAAGUUGUCGACUACUGCAGGAAAAACGGCAUUAUCGUACAGGCCUAUGCACCCUUGGUUCGAGCCCAGAAGAACGACGAUCCAACCCUUCAAUCCAUUGCCAAGGCACAUGGCGUCUCAGUCCCCCAGGUGCUUGUACGAUGGUCCCUCCAACAUGGAUUUGUGCCACUACCCAAGAAGCUCGAUGAUAAAGCCUUGCCUGAUGAAGAAGGAGCGAUUUGCCCGUACCUUGCGAAUUGUCCGUAA